AAUGUGGUUCGUAUUUGGUUUUGACGCUCGCUGAGUUCUUCCAACAGGUGACUAGGGAUUAAUUUCUCGAAUUGUACUAUCAACACGAGUCUGCCUCAAGUUAAUUUAUGGGAUGCGGUUCAGCAACCCGUAAGCGAAUGACAAUCGUUGAGUCAGUAUCCGAUCGAUGAGGCGUCUGAAGUAUGGGUGCAAGGAACGUGGUCAGCGUUCGUAUGGCUUUAAAAGAAAUGCGGUCAAGCGCCACAUACUGGUAUCCUGAUACCAUCCUGAGCACCCCUUCUUAAUUGCGAUGGAUGCAAGUAGGAACAAGCAUAGAAAUGUGGUCCUCUUUGGGCAGGGAGCAGCAGGCAAAAGCUCACUCGUCAAUCUCAUAGCUGGCGAGAACGUAGCAGAGACAUCCAGUGACGCGACACACUGCACGCUGCAGUGGCGAUCAUAUUCCGUCAAAUUCGAUGGCGAUUCUUAUAACGUGUUCGACACUGUUGGACUCGAUGAACCACAACUGGGAAUCCCACAGUACCUCAAUGCUAUUGAGAAUGCCUAUAGCCUCAUCCAAGAUUUGGAGACACAAGGCGGCAUUGAUCUACUUCUGUUCUGCAUGCGCGCAGGCAGACUCACUGCUACGCAUCGAAACAAUUACCGACUCUUUAAUGAGUUCCUCUGUGAAAAGAAGGUCCCCGUCGUUAUAGCGAUCACAUACCUCGAAAACGAACCCGGGGGAAUGGAUACCUGGUGGGAGAGAAACGAAGCAACUUUCAAUCACCAGGAGUUCUAUGUCGCUGGUCAUGCGUGCAUCACCGCCAUCAGAGGCAAUUGUCCAGAACGGCAUGAGCAAUCGCGCACCGCGAUACGCAACCUUGUCAAGCAGUUCACUACUGACGAGCAAAAACGAGCAUGGAAAGGAGGAGACAACCUGUUCGUGUCGUUCAUGCAAAAACUGAAGGGGCUGCUUUUAGGGAAUUCGCGUUCGAAGAAGGAUAUUGUCCGUCGCCUCGUCAAGAGGUGUGGUUUGUCCCAGGAUGUCGCAAAGAAGUUAGCUGAUAGGAUUAAGAAAGACGUGGUAGAAGGAACUACUUGACUUCCCGUGUUUGAUAGUCAUUUCGGUUAUAGACUUUCAAAAUGACCUUGCCAGUACGUCAUGACCUACACGCAUAAUGAUUCUACCCUUCGAAAUUCUCCUAAUAAUAUAUCAUGCAUGUGGAAUUCAAAAUAAGUACCCCAC